GCAUUCUUCAAUGCUAACUUGAUUGGAGACGACCCGAAAAUCCUGUACGUCUUAUAGCACGACAACCGGAGUUUUGUCCGAUACUGUUAAACAUUUAGAAGGUGAAAAUAAAUGAAGGUACGUGGAAAAAAUGAGAAACACUUACCAUAGAGGACCCAUAUUUAAUGCCGAAGUCAAUGAUUUCGCCGAUAAGAGAUGGAACUAUUACCCCGCUUCCGCUUGUCUUGGACAACUGGAUCUACACAGGUAUUUGACUACAGUCAUCAUGUACGAUGCAGCAAGGGUACCUUCUCCCAAGGAUGGUGCAAAUGGACUGACCAAGCCACUCGUCCCCAGGGGGGGAACAGAGAUGGGGGCAACAACGGGAGGAGGGCGCCAGACACCAACAACAGCCCUACAAGGAAAAACUGAGGAAGAACAACCAGAUGGAGAGGAGGAAGAGACCAAAUCCGAGCCGGUCUUAGUGAAAAAGCCCCAAAGAGAGAUAUUGGACCACGACAGGAAGAGGAGGGUAGAACUGAAAUGUAUGGAGCUCCAAGAGAUGAUGGAAGAGCAAGGGUACACAGAGGAGGAGAUUCGACAGAAAGUCAGCACCUUCAGACAAAUGCUGAUGGACAAAGAGGGGGUCAUCACCAGAGAUGGUUCACAACCAGUGGUCAACCACAUCCACUACUACCCUGAAGAUGAUGCUGAGUUGGCUGGCGAUGAAGAUGGAGACUACGCCGAUGAUUAUCACAGUGAUAACAGAUUAAAGAGGAAAUCAAGCAGCUCUCCAUCCCCCCGUCCAAAGAAAAGAAAGAAGAAGAAAUCUGGCCGCCGAAAAAGUCGGUUUGGCAGCUCAUCACCCUCUCGUAGAGAGAAAAAGAAAAAGAGCAGCAAGAAACACAAACGUGACAGGUCGGCAUCAGGCUCCAGCAAAAAGAGGAGGUACAGGUCGGGCAGCCCAAAGGACAAACACAAAAACAAGAACAAACAGAAAAAGAGAUCCCCUGCUGAGACCCCCAGAAGGAGCACACAGCGCCAAGGCAGCUGUUGCAGCAGCCGCAGCGCCUCCCUGUCAUCCACCGGGAGCACCUCCAAGUCUCCCAGCAGACUGAACUCCAAGCACAAGAAGGAUGGAAAGAAGGCUCGCUGCGCUUCACUAUCCCCAGGCCAGAACAGUCCUACUGCUUGGCACAAUGGCGACCACACCCAGCGCAGUCACAAUUGCCACAAAGGCAGCGGCAGACUCAACCACACUGAGGGCCACAAGGUGCAAGAUAAGCUUCGCCUGCUGGCCACCGGCUCUGCAAGUAUCCAAUCCGCUUUGCUGAAAGAGCCGAAGCACCAUAGCGUCCCCAGCAGGAGCCAAGCAGCACACAUGUGCACCACAAGUGAAGCUGGAAGUGUGGAGAGUGUCAACGCGGCAGGGAGGAGAGCGAGCCGGCGAGGACGGAAUAAGAGCUCCCGUUCUCCUGCUCACAGCAGCGACUCGGCACAUUCCCACCGAAGCCACACUCACAGAGGGAGGAGCAGCCGUCAUCAGAGAAAAACAAAAAGCAGCCAUUCCUCCAAGCGUCACCACCGCUCCAGUCGAGGUCAGGCACACAAUCGCAGCCCGUCAGCCUCGUCAGGGCGACACUCGCACACGUCAAGCAGAAAGAAAGAGGUGUCACGGAGCAAGCAGAACCUGAGACGUCGCAGCAGCUCGUGGAGCAGCGAACAGUCCUCGUGCGCCCACAGGGACAGAGGCCUCAGCAAGGCCAAGUCGCCUCACAACAGGCAGAACACCUCCAGAGAGAGGGACAGCCCCAACCGCUGCGACAGCGACACCGACAGCCGCGCCCGCCGCCGCUCUCGCAGUUUCUCGCCCAUUCGCAAACGGAGAAGAGAUUCACCCAGUUUCAUGGAGGCUCGUAGGAUUACCAGCGCUCGGAAACGUCCGAUCCCGUACUACCGCCCGAGCCCGUCGUCGUCGAGCUACGACAGCAGCCCCUCGCACUCCAGUCGAAGCUACAGCAGCUACAGUCGCAGUCGCAGCAGGAGCAGGAGCCGCAGCAGGAGCAGGAGCAGGAGUCGCAGUCGCAGCUGGAGCCGCAGUCAGAGCUGGAGUCGGAGCAGGAGUCGCUCGCACAGUCACCGCAGUUACUCCAGCCACAGCAGUACCGACAGCCCGGGGUUCUGAGCAGAACGCAGACCAGAACACGAGGGAGGCAACUAAAAUUGGGUUUUUAAUAGGGUCCAGGUCCAGGGUCCAAAUCCCUUUCACCCAAUAGAGUAUUACCUCACUGCUACAGAGUCUGUUUCUGUAAUUUGAGAAAACGGCACUCUGUACUUGUUAAAAAUUUGGCCAGUGACAGUCAUUAGGAUGUGCCUUGACACACCACAAUGGAUUUGAAAUAAACCAAACAGCAUGGAAUUGAAGUUCAGCAUUAGUUCAAAAGUUUCACCAAAAAUAAUGCUUUUACUAGUUCACAAAAUGAAUGAAAAUGUACAAUUGAGAGACCAUUAUAGGUUUACUCCUCCCACACAAUUUAACCUCAUUUAAACUCAUUCAAACGAACUUUUUAAAGUGUUCCUUAGCACUAUCAAGAUAGGAGAGAGUAUGUUUGUGUAAAUACCGCAUCAUCACUUUUAGGAAAUAAUGAUUUGUUUUAUUUUAAAUGAAAGUCUACACUAAAGUUUUUUUUCCAUUUCAAAUCCAUUGUUGUGGUGUUUAAAGGCAAAGUUAUAAAAACCCAAGAUGUAAAAAAUAUUUCCCAAAAAUCAGUACACACAAGUGAAACAUUGUUUGGUAGAGCCCCCUUGAAACAAGUCUUGCCCUUUCUUGGCAUAUUUUUUGACUUAUUUCGCACCAAAUAAUGGAAAUGCGUCAUAUGUGUGUAUAGAUUAAACAUUAAUGUAGAGCAAAUGACACAGCAUAGGGAAAAGUCAGAAUUUAUCCCCCCCCCAAAAAAAAAAAAAAGCGUUCACUCCCCGAGAGCAACAAGAUCAACGGAAGUAAGAACAAAAGAGCAGAAAUUAAUUUUUUUAUGUUUUAAAUUGUAUAGGUUCCUCUGUAUAGAUCUCUAAUCUUCUGGCUUUGUAAACUAUGCACUGUAUAUUCCAUUAUAGCAUGGCGAACUGGAGGGGAAGUGGCCCCAUCUGUGGGGGGGAUACGUGGCUCGAACUCAUCUUGGUGGACGGUAUGCCAGACAGUCACAAGUACAUUUGUAUUAAUCUGUAUUUAUGACUUUAAAUCUGCCCUAUCUCAAUGAGUCUGAUACGUAUAUCGGUUAUGCUUUCCUUAAUGUACUGUAUUUGUGCGUGCGUGUGUGUGUGUGUGUGUAGCGAGGUACACACAUGCUGAUUUUUCAUAUUUUAACAUUUAUUUUGAUUCUGAGGACCCCCACCCACACAAACACGUAGUGUCCUCUUUAUUCUCUUUUCCCUAUUUUGAUGCAACAAAAGCGCACAGAAAUUCCACAUGACAAUCACAAGAUUUUGUGGCUCGGCCCAAGUAUCAGUAAGGGUAAAGUUUAUCAUUUACGGUUGCUGAGUGGGAAAACAACUCCAAAAAACACCCCGCACCACAGGAUAACCGCAAUCUUGACUUAUCGGUAUGUGUGUACCCAGCUUUCUAACGAUGACUGAGGCUGCCCUCGCACUAUACGGGAGAACUUACUGCAAAACUUUCCGUGCACAUUGAAUUUGCAAAUCAACUAUUUAUUGUAUUUAUUGUAUUUAUUUAUACACAUAAUGAUUUAUUUAUUGAAGUAUUUAUCAUUUGAAGUUAUUUAACCAGUUUUUAGCUCUAGGCCAGGGUCUUCAAAGUUGGUCAAAUCAUGUUUGGGACAUAUGUUUCCCCGCGUGAUGAUCACAUGUUGCUUGGUUAGAUGGCUUCCAGAUGUGCCGUCUGGGUGGAGAUACAUUAUGUUGGAGAUCAUCUCAUAACCAGUGGAAUGGAUCCCCACGAUUGUCAUUAUUUCAUGGGGCUUAUUGGUUCAGUACGAGAGGUCUCAUUCAAUUGCACUCUUAAUGUAUGCAAAAAAAAAAAACAUCUUUCUGAAAGAAUGCAUUCAUCAAAUGGGAGUUUGAGACGCUUCCUGAAUCUCAAUGCCUCAUCUUGCCCAGAGAUUUUCGACAAUUCUAUGCUUCCACUGACGGGGACAAACUUUGAAGAAGGUAGUUUUGGGUUCCCCCACCGUGCAAGGUCCCAAAUCCCUUGACCUGUACUAUUUCAAACACAUUGGAAAUGUAUCAUUUUUCUCUUAUCAAGAGUGGAAACAACUUCAGUAUAUGUCACUUUCAGUUUUGGCAAAGCGUCCCAAUACUUCUGUCCAUAAAACAUACAAUGGGGCCAAGACGAGCAGUGCCACGAUCAGGAUCCGUCCUGCCUAAGACGUGUUCAUCUGCCGAUGCAAACAGUCCACCAGAAAGUCUUCCUACCACUUUACACGUGUCGUGUCAUAUGCACUUUGUUGCGUUCCGUGUAAAACCUGUCCUUAAUUUAUUCAAAAUGUAGUACCGCCCCUUUUGGUCCAUUCAUCCUUCUUUGUAGUGUACAGGUUAAUAUUCCUGACAAUAAAUUGAAAGAAAUGGGCAAAACA